AUGUUGAGACGUAUGAAUAUGCCAGUAAUGAAAAAGAUCUCGAAAAAGGUAUUUUUCAAAUAACUUUUUAGAAGGCGAACUUAUUCAGAUAUUUACAAAUUCGACGAGAAACUUGAUGCUACACGAGCAUCACAGCAUGAAACAUAUGCAAAAGAAUGGAAUCAAAGUGAGUUUCUUAUUAUUUAUUUUUGGAAAAAAGCUGGAAUUUUGUAGGUACCUCGGUUUGAAGUUGCAAAAAGUGCCGAAGAAGCUUUCCAACGCGCCCAAAGCAUGAGUGAAUCGUAUCAAAAAGAACACAUUUUGAUUAUUUGAUGAUUUUGAGACGUGAAGGAUUACGUUGUGAAGGCUCAAGUCUUGACCGGCGGUAGAGGAAAGGGCAGGUUUGACUCGGGACUUCAGGGCGGCGUUCAGAUGGUUUUUUCGUUAGUUCAUGUUAUUUGAGGGAAUUUGGGAUAAAAAGAAAACUUUCAGGCCUGAAGAGGUCAGAGAAAAAGCCAGCUUGAUGUUGGGCCAUACUUUGGUAACCAAACAAACCGGCAGCAAGGGAAAACUGUGUGAAAAAGUAUUGAAUUUAAAUUUAUUAGAACUAAAGUUUUUUUGAAGAUAAUGAUUUCUGAACGGCUGUUCACUCGCCGUGAGUACUACUUCUCAAUCACGCAGGAUCGAGAGGCAAAUGUAAAUUUUGAGUAUUGUUAGGCUUGAAAAUUAGCGUCAAGAUUUGAAAAUUAAAAAAAAGCUUUUUUAAGGGCCCAAUAAUAAUCGCGUCGGCGAAGGGAGGCGUAAACAUUGAAGAAGUUGCUGAGAAGGAUCCCGACGCCAUCAUUAAGGUGCUUUUUCAUUAACUUUUUUUUUACUACCGAUUUUUUUUUUCAGGUCCCAAUCAACAUUGAAACUGGAGUCUCUUCGGAAAUCGCGAGAACCGUCGCCAGUCGGAUGGGAUUCGACGGUGCGCGUCUUGAGCAGGCCGUUGACAUCAUCAAGAAGCUUUACAAUCUGUUCAUCUCAAGCGACGCCACACUUUUGGAAAUCAACCCUAUUGCCGAGAAUGUUGAAGGAGAUAGUAAAUUAAUUUUUGAAAUAACUCGAAAUGAUUGUUUGAAAUAAUCCUACCGGAGGUUUUUUUGAAAUUGAAAGCGCCUCAUUCAAGCAAGAAUUGCCUCUAUUAAAAGCUUAGUUUUCUCAUUUUGAAUUUUUUAUCAUUUUGGCUUGAAUCUUUCAGUUUAUUGCAUGGAUUGUAAGCUUCUUCUGGACUCGAAUGCGGAGUUUCGUCAGACUGAACUGUUCGCUUUGCAAGAUGUUUCGCAGGUCGAACCAUUAGAAGUAUGUUUUCCUGAAUGAAAUGAUACUUCAGUAAAGUUUAGAUUCGCGCUGAAGCUUCCAAUCUCAACUAUAUCCACCUGGACGGGAAUAUUGGCUGUUUGGGUAAAUCGAUUAAAUGUUAUAACAAUAAAUAAUUAAGAUGGUGUUCAGUGAACGGCGCCGGUCUGGCGAUGGCAACGAUGGACAUCAUCAAGUUGCACGGAGGCGAACCCGCCAACUUCCUCGACGUCGGCGGCGGCGCCACCGUCGAACAGGUCACCGAGGCGUUCAAGAUCAUCACCGCUGACAAGAAAAAAGUGCUCUUUGACUCGCUGAAAAAAUUUUCGACGGAAAACCUUCAGGUCACGUCGAUUUUGGUGAAUAUUUUUGGUGGAAUCAUGCGUUGCGACGUGAUCGCCCAAGGUAUUAUCAAGGCGGCUGAAGAAUUGAAAUUGAAGAUUCCAAUCGUCGUUCGUCUUCAAGGUUGGUCGAUAUUGCCAGCAAAUGAUUUGAAAUCAUAGUAGGACCUUCGGAGAUAGUGAGAUAAAAGAAAUCGAAAAAAGCGAUUCUUAACUAUUAGCGAUCUUAAUUAUUCCCAGACUUCUCAUCAUUUUGAAUUCGAAUCAGUAGGAAAAAAUUAAUCUUAUACUAACUUUCUAGGAACAAAAGUAGAUGAAGCUAAAGCUCUCAUCGCACAAUCCGGAUUGCGGAUCCUACCUUAUAAUGAUCUAGACGAGGUAAUCAUUCAAACUUCCGCCAUAACUCUUAUAUUUUCAUUCCAGGCGGCCAGAACAGUUGUAAGCCUUUCCAACAUUGUUGGCAUCGCUCGUCGCGCUCACAUCGAUGUCAAAUUCGAACUCUCUAUUUAA